CAACUGUCUGCACACUCAUUGCUUUAUUUGCUGUCCUCAUCUUCGUCUGGCGACUCUUUCUGUACACAGAACCGUCUUCCAGACCUGAUGGUGCUUUCACUGUGAAGAAGGCCGUUGUCAUGCUUAGUGGCGACUCCGAUGUCAGCGGCAUCGUGACGUUCACUCAAGCCGGUCUACUCGCACCAGUGAUUAUCUCUGGUGAAGUCAAAGGACUCGACCCAAAUGCAAAGCGUGGUUUUCACGUACACCAACUCGGUGAUGGGACGAAUGGGUGCAUGUCCGCCGGGGCUCAUUUUAACCCGUUAGGCAAGACGCAUGGAGCUCCUACUGAUGUUAACAGACACAUUGGAGACCUUGGAAACAUCGAGAGCAAUGGAUCAGGAGUCGCCAGCUUCACGUUCUCGGACAAGUUACUUACACUCAACGGCCCGUUCAGUAUUGUUGGACGUAGUGUAGUCGUACAUGCUGGCACGGAUGAUCUUGGAAGAGGCGGCAACGAUGAGAGUCUUAAAACAGGCAAUGCGGGAGGUCGCUCAGCUUGUGGAGUAAUAGGAAUCUCUGAGCUGGUAUGAUUGGGCUUCAUGGUUAGCAUGUAUGGCUAAUCCAUGUAUGAAACAUUUGUUAUUUGUUUGUGCUUUGCCUGUAUCUAUUCGUCAUAGAUAAAAGCCGAG